AACAAGGCCAGUAGAAGGCAAGUGGAUUUCAUUUCCUCUUCUUGUUUCCAUCUCCGCGAUUAGGGUUCGGUUUCAUCUUCUCCCAUUCCGUAUCAUUUUCUCCUUCCUCCGAAGAAACAGAGAAAAAAAUAAAUAAAGAUUUCAAAAUAAUAACACCGAUAUAAAUUCCCGUCGACAAAAACAACUGCAACUGUAUCUGACAUCGGGUAGCCUGAAAACAGUGGCUUCAUUUUACUCCGUCAUGAUUGUGUCAGAAGCUUCAAGUGAUCGCAAUGUCAGUGACGACAAUGACUCCUCUUCGUUUCACAGGUGUUUGGGGGAGAGAAACUACUACUGGACUGUCUGAUUAACUGGAGAGAAAAAAAGUGUUUACUCCAUGAAUAUUGAUCUUGAGCGUCGCCCGGGUGAAAGCGAUAUGGAUGAUCAAUUGAAGGAACUCAACAAUGGAAUUCAUGAGCAUGAAUCAAGUGCUUGUGUACGCACCAGAGACAGCACAGAUGGUGAACUGUAUAGUGUGGAUAAGGUUGAUGUGAAUGCAAAUGUGAAUAUGAACUAUUGUGUUAAUGAUUCUGCCAGUGCUAUUGCCAGUGAAGGUAAUGAAGAUGUACAUUUAGAUCCUCGAGAAGGAAUGGAAUUUGAGUCUCACGAAGAAGCUUUUUCGUUUUACAAAGAAUACGCGAGACGUGAAGGGUUUGGUGUUUCUAAAAGAAAUAGCCGUCGCUCGAGGAUAUCUAAAAAAUUUAUUGAUGCGAAAUUUGCUUGUUGUAGAUAUGGGACUAAGCAAGCGAGUGAUAGAGUUAGCAGACCAAGACCUACAGCAAAGAUAGAUUGCAAGGCCGCUAUGCAUGUUAAGCGAAAGGUUGAUGGAGCAUGGUAUGUGUAUUCUUUUGUUAAAGAGCAUAAUCAUGAGCUGUCACGAGACCAUGCGCACUUUUUUCGAUGUCACCGAGAUACGAAUCCAAACAAGGAUAAGAUUCGCACAACUCCUACUGUAGGAGUACGACUAAACGAGGUCUGUCCUUCACUACCAGCAAGUUUUCAUGGGUUUCAAAAUGGUAAUUGUUUCGUGCAAGGCAUUAAAAAUGAUUUAGGUAACGGGCCCCGGUUAGCUUUAGAAGUAGGAGAUGCACAAGCUUUGAAUGAGUUUUUCUUGCAUAUGCAGGAAGAGAAUCCCAACUUUUUCUAUGCCUUGGAUUUGAAUAGAAAUCAAAAUUUGAGAAAUGUAUUUUGGGUCGAUGCUAAGGGUAGACAUGAUUACAUCGACUUUUCUGAUGUUAUUUCUUUUGAUAGUAUAUAUGCUACAAAUGGAUAUAAAGUGCCAAUAGCUCCUUUCAUAGGAGUGAAUCACCACGGUCACUUUAUAUUGUUUGGAUGUGCAAUACUUGCAGAUAUGAAUAAAUCAUCAUUUGUUUGGCUAUUUAAGACAUGGCUUAGAGCAAUGGGGGGACAAGUGCCAAAAGUAAUAGUUACCGAGCAAGGUAAUUCCAUGAAUGAAGCUGUUGAAGAAGUUUUCCCAAAUUCAAGACACUGUUAUUGUCUGUGGGAUAUAACGAGAAAGAUCCCUGAUAAACUCACUCAUGUGAUUAAGCGUGAUGAAAAUUUCAUGGUGAAAUUUAAUAAGUGCAUCUACAAGUCAUGGACGAAGGUGGAUUUCGAAAAAAGAUGGUGGAAGAUGGUUGAUAGGUUUGAGCUAAGAGAGGAUUGUUGGAUUCAGUCGUUGUAUGAAGACCGCCAAAAGUGGGUGCCAAUAUAUUUAAAUGAUACAUUUUUGGCUGGGAUGUCGACAUCACAGCGAAGUGAAAGUAUAAAUUUUUUCUUUGAUAGGUAUGUUACAAAGGUUACGACAUUGAAAGAGUUUGUAGAACAAUAUGAAGUGGCUCUGCAUGACAGGUGUGAAAAGGAAGCUCAUGCAGAUUUUGAAUCUCGGCAAACAGUCCUCCCUUUAAAGUCCCCGUCACCUUAUGAAAAGCAGAUGUCAUCUAUCUAUACAAGAGAAAUAUUUAAGAAGUUCCAAUACGAGGUUAUGGGAGCACAUGCUUGCCACCCUGUAAAGGAAACAGAGGAUGAUGAAACUGUAAGUUUUAGGGUUACAGAUUUGGAGCGCCAGCAAGAGUUUAGAGUAGUGUGGAAUGGAACAAAAUUAGUUGUUUCAUGUUCGUGUCUUUCAUUUGGACUCGGAGGCUUCCUUUGUAGGCAUGCAAUGAUUGUUCUCCAAUUUUCUGGUGUGUUCAGUAUCCCAACCAGCUAUAUAUUGAAGAGAUGGACAAAAGAUGCAAAAAACAGGCAUAUCUUAAACCAAAUAUCUAAUCCAGUAGAAUCUAGGGGGCAACGCUACAAUGAUCUUUGUAGAAGAGCUAUAAGACUAGCAGAGGAAGGGUCGUUAUCGCUAGAGAGCUAUAAUGCUGCAUUAUUGGUACUAGAGGAAGGAAUUAACAAAUGUGUAGCUGAGAAUGACUCUCUUAGUAGUGCUGGAAAACCCAGAUUAUUGACAGCAUAUGGCCUUCAAAAUAUUGCUGAUAAAGAAGCUGACAGCAUCAUGUCUUUAGCAGCGGUGUCCAAUUCUCAAGUCACCAGGAGAAAAGUGGGAUCUAAGAGGAUCCAGUCUGGAACCGAGAAGACAAACAGAAAGAGACCAAACGAGAAAAUAAAUAUAGGGCUGGAUGAAAAUGUUGCUUGUGUUGGAAUGUCAGAGACUUUACAAGUGAUGGGACAGCAAGAGUCCAGAACAACAAUGGUUGAUAGUUACUAUGGCACCCAAGGGAGCUUGCAAGCGAUGGUAUGGCUUAAUUGUACUAUUAAGGACAGUGGGGUUCUAAAGCGCCGGUUGUCAAUACUAACAGCUGUUACGCCACUCAAGAUAACUUGCAAGAGAUGGGACAGUGGGAGUCGAGAGCACCAAUUGGUAGUUACUAUGGUACUCAACGGAACUUGCUACCAAUGGGACCUCCGGGGACAAGGCCACCAAACACCGAUACAUUCUAUGCCACGCCAGACAACUUAAGAGGAAUGAGGAACAAGUGAUCACUUGGAGGAAAAUCUAAAUGAUGUCCAAUCAUAAGAAGUUGCCAGUGGAAAAAUACCAACAGAAAGUGCAACAUUUUAAUAUAAUGGAGUCAAAUACUCAUUAGUUUGAGUUGCCUGGUUUUACAUACAACGCGUUCCUUGCAUAAUUGAUGUCUGUUAGAACUAUCUUAAUCAUCAAAGUGAAUUGCAGAAAGGAACUUGUUCUUUUUGACUCAUUGGGAAGGGAUAUGGAUGAAAAGGGAAAGGGAAAGUCCUAAUUAAGCAGGUGAAAGAAAAAUGACGAAUAAUGUGGUGGAUUGUAUUAUAUGAUUUUGAGGUUCUAUUUGCAUUUGUUUAGCACCGACACAAGAUCGGUCAUGCCUCUUUUGGUGGCUUCAGCUGGGUUGCAGUCUUGUUGGUUAAAAGAUUGUAAUGUUAGAAACGAACAUGUAUAUAGACAUUGCACUGCAAGGAGUAAAUGCUUUUCUGUUUUCCCGAAA